AUGUCUAAUCCUCAAACAUAUCCCAACAAUCCCAUGAGUCAAUCAGCCCCUUCAUUUCAAUUUUCAUCCCAAGUGCAUCCAUCUCAUGGAUUUCAGCCAUACGGAUAUCCUCAAAAAUGGUAUCCCCCUCCAGGAUUUUCCCCACAAGGAUAUCCUUCACAGGGGUUUAUGUUUUCUGACUCUUCCAGGAGGACCAGUGUAGAUGGGAGUGGUACUGAUGGAGGCACACCAUCUUCAGGAAAGGCAGUUCAAGGUUUUGAGAAUAUAAAUCUCUCAGUUGAGCCUUCAUCCGACGACGACGAAGAGAAUACCAAAAUGCGCCGGGUGUUUUAUUCAGAUGCGGAGUGUGAAGUUCUUGCGCAAUGUUACAUCGAUAUUAGCAUCGAUUCAGUUGUUGGAAACGACCAAAAGAUGGACAAAAUGUGGAAACGCAUUGCGAAAGCCUACAAUGAAAAUCGUCCUGCCAACACUCCAAGCAGAAAGUUUAGACAGUUGAAGGCUCAUUUCUACAAGAUGCAGAAACAGGUGAAAUUGUUUUCUGAAUGUUACAAUAGGAUUGCAAGCAUCUGGAAGAGCGGUGCAAAUGAUGCUGAUAUUAUGGAGAUGGCACAAACAGAGUACAAGCAUCAUCACGGUACAAAAGGUUUUAAAUAUGUUGGAGUUUGGAGACUUUUGAAAGAAGUUCCCAAGUUUGCUGAGGUGCAAGGAAAUGUUCAAGCAUCCAAGAGAACCAAAAAUACAGAAGGAGGAGCCUACACAUCAUCUUCUACAGCUGAAGAAACUCCACGAGUCGCCCAAUGGGGCAUAAAGCGGCAAAGAAAAAGGAUAAGGGGAAGGGGAAAAAAGAUGACCUCGAUGCACUGCGUGAAGUUGCAAAAGAGCAUGAAACCAAUGCAGCAAAAUACCUACGUAUAA